CUUUUCAGAUAUCAUUUUUGCUCAAACUAUAUCCUUCAAUGUCAAUUCUGCGGAAAGGAAGUUGCGAGGAAACGACGACGUCGUGUUGUGUGUUACGUCAAUGCUUCUCGCAAGUAUAUUCGCAUUUCAUUUCUUGAGUGCUGGAAAGCACUCUCAGUCUCAAAGAUGACAGCAUCACUCUAGCAGCGCAAAAAUGGCGAUUGCAAGAAAAUUUCUUUGUUCAUUUCGACAAUCCCUAGAUUUACUAAUCUCUUCCCGUUCCUCAAUCUCUCAUUCGAGGCAAUUCUCUAAUGCCCAGUUUGAACCUUUGAAGGCGUUGUUAAAGGGCGUUCAACCUGUACUACGCAACCGUGCCUCAGCAUAUUAUUGUUCAUUGAAUAUCCAAAGAAAUUCUCUUCAGAAAUUCUGGUUUUCAGGAGGAAGUAUACUAAGAUUUGGAAGCAUUCUUGGUGUGUCAGUUUUUCUUGGGUCAAUCAGCUUCUUGCCAAAUGCUGCAUAUGCCAUGGAUGGCCAUGAUAUUUUGGUGAAUGAUCUUAAUCUGGAAGUGUCUGGUGCUUCAGAUGUGGAGGAAGAUCAACAUGCCGUCUGGAUGUUUGUGAGGAAAAUCUGGUUGCCUUUCUUUUUCUUCGUCACUAUGUUGGCAUACUGGGAUGAUUCCGUUACACUUGCGCCAUUUGCAUUGAAGCUAAUUCUUUUCCUCCUGAGCACCAAGCCUAGUCCUUUCUCAGUUUAUGGUUUCGUGGAUGAGUUGUGUCAUCGACUUAAGCGUGGAGAACCUCACUUGUAUAACAAGGCACUGUACGCAAGUAAGGUUGAAGUUGAAGACUUUCAGCUUUUGUGUCUGGCUAGAGUUGAAGUAAGAGACCAGAAGUACACUUUGGUUGGAAUUCUUGGUGGUUGGUGGCCUUUGCCAACUUUGGAUGCAAUCAAGCAUCGGCUGCUGCAUCCUCGUAAGGAACUCUAAAGCAUAUCAUUGAAUGGCGAGAAAACACGGUAAGUUCAGUGUCGUUUUAUCGAGCUUCAGUAUUCAGUUGAUCGAACUUGCAUGUUCUUGUGGCACUGUAUGGAAAAUGGGGUCCCUCGACCACAAGCAAUCAUACGUAUUUAGCUAUCAA